GAUCCAGAGAGAGAGAGAGGGUAGAGGAAGUGGUGGUGGUACUAUAAAUGAGGCAAGUCUCUCUUAACGUACUCGCGCCGUUCACUUCUUUUAGAGUGAUAUCUCUUCCUUUCUCAUCAUCAACGAACCCUUCUUCUCUUUCCUUUCUUCCCUUCUCUUUCCAUUUCCCUUCUUUAUCUUCAACUUCCUUUAGAGCAAUGGCGUCCCACAUUGCUGGAUACCCUCGAAUGGGGCCCAAGAGAGAGCUCAAGUUUGCUUUGGAAUCAUUCUGGGAUGGAAAGAGCAGUGCUGAGGAUUUGCAGAAGGUGGCGGCAGAACUCAGGGCAUCCAUCUGGAAACAGAUGGCUGAUGCUGGAACAAAGUUUAUUCCAAGCAACACUUUUUCAUACUAUGAUCAAGUUUUGGAUACCACAGCAAUGCUUGGUGCUGUACCUCCUAGAUAUGGUUGGGAUGGUGGUGAGAUUGGUUUUGAUGUCUACUUUUCCAUGGCCAGAGGUAAUGCCUCUGUUCCUGCUAUGGAAAUGACCAAGUGGUUUGAUACCAACUACCAUUACAUUGUCCCUGAACUUGGACCAGAAGUUAAGUUCUCCUAUGCAUCUCACAAAGCUGUGGACGAGUACAAGGAGGCCAAAGCUCUUGGAGUUGAGACUGUGCCUGUCCUUGUGGGUCCUGUUUCCUAUUUAUUGCUGUCAAAACCAGCAAAGGGUGUGGAGAAAUCCUUUUCUCUUCUUUCUUUGAUCGACAGGAUUCUUCCUAUUUACAAGGAAGUUAUAGCUGAAUUGAAGGCAGCUGGUGCCCGCUGGAUUCAGUUUGACGAGCCCAAGCUUGUGAUGGAUCUUGAUUCUCAUGAAUUGCAAGCAUUUACUAAUGCAUACUCAGAGCUGGAGGCAUCUUUAUCUGGAGUGCAUGUUGUGGUUGAGACAUACUUUGCUGAUCUUCCAGCUGAGGCAUACAAAACCCUCACAUCUUUGAAGGGUGUUACUGGAUUUGGGUUUGACCUAGUUCGUGGAACUAAGACUCUUGAUUUGAUCAAGGGUGGAUUCCCUACAGGAAAAUUCCUCUUUGCUGGAGUAGUUGAUGGAAGAAACAUCUGGGCUAAUGAUCUCGCUUCUUCCCUUGAUACACUGCAUGCACUUGAGUCUGCUGUUGGCAAAGACAAGGUUGUGGUCUCUACUUCCUGCUCUCUUCUACACACUGCAGUUGAUCUAGCUAAUGAGCCCAAGUUGGAUAAGGAGAUCAAAUCGUGGCUUGCAUUUGCUGCACAGAAAGUACUUGAAGUAAAUGCCUUGGCCAAGGCACUUGCUGGAAACAGGGAUGAGGCCUUCUUCUCUUCCAAUGCAUUAGCUCACGCUUCAAGAAAAUCCUCCCCAAGAGUGACAAAUGAGGCUGUUCAGCAGGCUGCUGCUGCAUUAAAGGGUUCUGACCAUCGGCGAGCCACAAAUGUGAGUGCUAGGCUUGAUGCUCAGCAGAAGAAGUUGAACCUUCCAAUUCUUCCCACAACCACAAUUGGGUCUUUCCCUCAGACUCUUGAUCUUAGGAGAGUGCGUCGUGAAUACAAGGCUAAGAAGAUCUCCGAGGAUGAUUAUGUCAAAGCCAUCAAAGAGGAAAUUAGCAAAGUUGUGAAGAUCCAGGAAGAGCUUGACAUUGAUGUUCUAGUGCAUGGUGAACCAGAAAGGAAUGAUAUGGUUGAGUACUUUGGUGAGCAAUUAUCUGGUUUUGCCUUCACUGCAAAUGGAUGGGUGCAGUCAUACGGUUCUCGUUGUGUCAAGCCUCCUAUCAUCUAUGGUGAUGUAAGUCGCCCCAAGGCCAUGACUGUCUUCUGGUCAUCAAUGGCUCAAAGCAUGACUAGCCGACCCAUGAAGGGAAUGCUUACUGGCCCCGUUACCAUUCUCAACUGGUCCUUCGUUAGAAAUGACCAACCCAGACACGAGACAUGCUAUCAAAUUGCUUUGGCCAUCAAGGAUGAGGUUGAAGAUCUUGAGAAGGCUGGGAUCACCGUAAUCCAGAUUGAUGAGGCUGCAUUGAGAGAGGGUUUGCCCCUUAGAAAGUCAGAACAUGCUUUCUAUUUGGACUGGGCUGUUCACUCUUUCAGGAUUACUAACUGUGGAGUCGAAGAUACAACCCAGAUUCACACCCACAUGUGCUACUCAAAUUUCAAUGACAUCAUCCACUCAAUUAUUAACAUGGAUGCUGAUGUGAUUACCAUUGAGAACUCGAGAUCAGACGAGAAGCUUCUUUCAGUCUUCCGUGAGGGAGUGAAAUAUGGUGCAGGCAUUGGCCCCGGUGUCUAUGACAUCCACUCACCCAGGAUCCCAUCUACAGAAGAAAUCGCUGAUCGCAUCAAUAAGAUGCUUGCAGUCCUGGAAAGCAACAUCCUCUGGGUGAACCCUGAUUGUGGUCUGAAGACCCGUAAAUACUCUGAAGUGAAACCGGCACUGAGCAACAUGGUAGCUGCUACCAAAAUUCUCCGCACUCAGCUUGCAAGUGCCAAGUGAGCCAAUAUGAGUGUUCCAAAGAUCACAUAAAUUGAGAAGGGGAUAUUAUGUAUUAAAGCUCGAACAAUAAGAGGGCCUUUUGUGAGAUGAGUAAUGUUGUUAUUUUUUUUUUUCUUUUUAGUAGGGAGUGAUUAUAUUAUGUAUCUGGAUCUGCUGCUGUAUGCGGAUUUUGCCCUUCAAUUUUAUGCUCUUGAAGCCAUUUUAUGUUCUUCAUUCA